UUAACCGGUUAUUAUCCAUUAUCCAUUAACCUUCACAAUUUCCAUACACCGUAUUCUCCUUUCAGUCUCACAGCCGCUGUCGUCACCGAACCGCCGCAAUAAACAAAACAUUGCCGGGAACCGCCGUCGGAGUUGAUCGUCGCCGGCAGCUGAGAUUUUUUGUAUAAGAUGAAGGUUAAGAAACAAAAGAGACAUAGGAAGAGUUUAACGUUUUACACUGCAUGUUUUGGUUUUCGAAAACCUUACAAAGUUCUAUGUGAUGGAACAUUUGUUAAUCACCUUAUUGUCAAUCGUAUAACACCUGCUGAUACUGCUCUUGCCAAUAUUCUUAGUGCCACUGUCAAGCUCUACACAACAAGAUGUGUUGUUGCUGAAUUGAAACGGCUUGGGAAGUCGUAUUCAGAGGCUCUUGAUGCAGCGAAUGAUCUUAUAAUUGCAAGAUGCGAGCAUGAUAAAUGUGUGAGGGCCGAUUCCUGCAUCAUGGAGGUUGUUGGAGAAAAUAAUUCCGAGCACUUCUUUGUUGCUAGUCAGGACACUGACCUACGGAAGAAGUUGGAAGAGGUACCUGGUGUGCCCCUCAUAUUUGGUCUCAGAAAUGCUCUUUUCCUCGAAUCUCCAUCUGCAUUUCAGAAGGAGUAUGUCAAAACUUCUGAAGAAAGACGAUUGCAUAUGACCGAUAAAGAGUACCAGAUAUUUAAGGAUAGGGCUAUGAAGAAACUGGCUGAUGGUGAAGCUGAUAAUUCCAAUGCUGAAAUAGUGGAAAACAAUGAUUUAGGAGAUUCGAUUGCAAGUGCACAGGCAAUAAAAAGAAGCAUAAUUUCAAGGAAUCAGAAUGGCGUCAGGGAUAAACCUCAAUUCAAGAGAAGAAAAGCAAAGGGUCCAAACCCACUUUCGUGCAAGAAGAAGAAAAGUCGUGAAAACCAAAAUAAUCCUACAAAGGAAACCAAAGGAGACAACACAGUGAAGAGAAGCAGGAAAAGGAAGAGGUCGCGGAAAGGACAAAAAUCAACAGAAACAGAGAGUUAAGUAGGUCAUUAGUUAUAUGGAUUAGCUCCUCGAAUGAGUUUAGAGAGAAUGCCAAAUUUUAAUUUAUGUUGGCAUGGCACGGGAAAGUACACUAGUUGUAUUUUGUAAUUUUAUCAUACUAUGUUUCUAUUUGGCCAUUAUUGAUUUUUAUCAAAGUUAUCGGUAAUGUUGAGUAUCAUCAAUGCUAAGUUUGUAAGGAACUUUAGAUUCCAUUACUAGUUACUACUGUCUGAGUGUUCAUCACAGUGACACAUUAUAAUUAAGCAGCUCAUAUAUUUUAAUUUUAACAGUAAGAAGGAUUUUAUGAAACCCUUCGAUGCUGUAUUUAUGCCAUA